UAUAAGGAAAUUCGGUCCAUGUGUGUAUCUAGUCAUGGAAACAGUUGGUAACGAUCUUUAAAGUUAUAUUAAUUAAGAGUACAAGAUGUCUUUUAACGUGAAAUGUUUUGCACUGUAUGCAAGAGUAGGAGACGAAGUCACUGACACUUUGUAUCACACGUUUGACAAAGGAUCGUCUGGUGUGUGCCAUGCCCAUGAAGUUUCUUCAAACGAUACUCAAAACAAUACACUACAUUCAGAAUUUAUGAACUCAUCAGAAACUGAGAAUGUAAAUAACAUUGUUCUACCUUUAGACACCCGAACAAAGAUACCUCAAUCGGAUGACAACUUUUUAAAGACCAUUUUGAAUUUAGAUGCCCAUUUGGCUUCCUGUCUGGUGUGGGAAUUUAAACUUUUUCCAAAAUUUAGAAAAAGGCUAUUAAAAUUUGUCAAAAGUCAUUGCGCCAUUCAGCAGACCACCAUGAACAUAACUGAAAACAAGGUGAAAACACACCCGGUAGUGAUAAAGCAGUCAGGUGAAGAAGUAAAAGUGGACUUUGUGAUUGAAGUUCUUCCCAUUUAUCCCAAACAGAAGGUCGAUUAUGCUUGGAACUAUAGAACAUGGGAGCAGGUGAUGAGACGGGUGCUACUAGAGGAGGCGUUUGCUUGGUUUUCAACACUUGGAGGUGCAUACUCAUCUCUGGGUGAUCAUAGUCUACAAUUCGCCGAGGAGGCUGGGAGGAUCGCAAUAAAACAGUUGAAAAUCGCUGAGGAGGAGGGAGACCCAAUCUUGGCCAGCAAAGCAAAACUAUUUUUUGCUCAAAGUUUAAUGCAAAGAGGAUACAUUGAAGAAUCUAAGCAGAUAAUAAAGUGUCAGACCGUUUUUGCUAAGAGAUUGGUUUUACCUGACAGUAAACUGUUGACAAUGUGCCGUGCUUUAAGAAAACGAUGGAAAUAUGUUAACAACAAUGUUUUAGCUAUAUCAAUUACGAGUAAUUAAUUAAUACAUAAUGAUUGAUUCAACUGCAGAUGCUCUACACCAUUCCAAAAAAGGAUCAUUAUGAGCUAGCCUCAGCUAAUUUAAAACUUCUUUUUUCAUUUUGGGGGAACAUCUUUAGUAGAAGUUUGUUGGAAUAUUAUUUAAUAAGUACAUGGAUGUAGCAUCACAACUUCUCUACAAUAAAGCUAUGAACCAUA